AUGACUUACCAACCCGCUAUCAUGAGCGCCUCGCUAGGGCGAGCUUGGCUCCACGAUUUCGACUAUAAAAUGAGCCAAGCCUCAAAAGCAGGCUUCAAAGGAAUAGAAGUGUUCUACGAAGAUCUCGAAUAUCUGGCACGAGGAAUUUCUGGAAACGACAUUCCAACUCCGGAUCAGCUCCUCCAAGCAGCAGAUCAUAUCUACACAGUUUGCCAGAUCCAAGGUCUCGAAAUAAUUGGUCUUCAGCCAUUCCUCUUUUACGAAGGGCUGAAAGAUCGAGAGCAACAUGCAAGACUGAUCCAAAAGAUGGUCUUUUGGCUGCAACUCGUCAAGAGACUACAUACAACCACGAUCCAAAUCCCCGCCAACUUUCUUCCGGCAGACCAACUCAUCGAUGACUUCGAUGUCAUCGCCGCCGACUUGAGACAACUUGCCGAUAUGGCAGCAGCUGAGUCCCCCGUUGUCCGCUUUGCAUAUGAGAAUCUGUGCUGGAGCACAUAUGUCGACACAUGGGAGAAGCUCUGGGAUGUCGUUAAGCGAGUCGACCGAUCUAAUUUCGGAAUGUGUCUUGAUACGUUCAAUAUCGCCGGGAGAGUGUGGGCGGAUCCGACGUCGCCAACUGGCAAGACUGCCAAUGCCGAUGCAGAUUUGAAAGCAUCACUUGAGAGGAUGGUGGCUGAGGUUGAUGUUUCCAAGGUCUUUUACGUCCAGGUCGUUGAUGCGGAGAGAUUGGAGUCGCCACUAGUUGUAGGUCACCCUUACUAUGUGGAAGGCCAACCCGCGAGGAUGAAUUGGUCGCGAAAUGCCAGGUGCUACAUCUAUGAGGAGGAUCGCGGAGCGUAUCUCCCAGUCGAGGAUAUCGCCGAGACGAUUGUGUCCGGGCUAGGAUAUAAGGGAUGGGUUUCGAUGGAAUUGUUCUCCCGGACUAUGGCAUACAAAGACGAAACUGUACCCGAUGAUCAUGCGAACAGGGGUAUCGCAGCUUGGAAGAAGUUGGAAGAAAGACUUCAGCUCAAUCAAUGA